AGUUAAAAGCCUGAAUACUCCUAUUGAUAAUAAUAUGGAGAAGCCAGAGAAAUCGGAUAUGAAAGAUCAAACUGAUAACAUCCAAAGUAUUGAUAUUUACAAAGUACAACUGAAGCGUGACAGAUCCCUUAAAUCUCUUGCAUUGAGUAUACUAAAAUAUCUUCCAGAAGAUAUUCUUCAAGACUCACCUAAAUCGCUCAUUUUAAACGUUUGUGGUAAUAUAAUCCAUCAGACUUGUGCGAGAAAACCUGAUAAGAGGGGUGUAUUAGAAUGCUCGUGUGGUAUGGCCAAUAAUAAAAAUCUGUCAUUAUCUUCAGAAGAAAUGGACGUGAAUGAGGAGAAUAAUGAGGAUGGGGAAAUAGAAUCAACUCUACCAGAGGAAACUGGCUCAACUUCUAAUAGUAAGAGUAAGAAAUUGGCUAAUGAGUAUACGGAUUCUUCAGCCAGCAAGAAAUUUAAGAAACGUGAUCUAGAUGAGGACUUUAACAUUUUAAAAAGACUCAUCCAGGAGUUAUCUUCUGAUACCACUCAAAUUUUAGUAAUUAAGGAAAAGAAAGGUCUCCAAAGAGAAUCCAUGCAAGAAGAUAGAAGUACCCAAAUUUUUUUUGAUCUGUAUUUUAAGAUCACCAAUGCUGAAGAGCGAAAUGAAAAGGCAUGCUAUGAACUUAUUAUAGCUUAUUGCUACUAUGGAGAAGAACUAGAGAAAUGCCUUGUCCAUUAUAGAGAAGGAUACAAAGAACAUGAAGUCCUAAAGAAGCUUUAUGAUAAGGUUAAAGAUCAGCUUCCCAAAGAGGUUACCAAAAGUGCUAUCCGGAAGAAAUUGAACAAG